UUUGUCGACCUUUUCCAUCACCCACCCAUACCCUCCUUAUCGGUCUCGCUAGGUAGAAAUGCGUGAAGUUAUCUCAAUCCACGUCGGUCAGGCUGGUGUCCAGAUCGGUAACGCUUGCUGGGAACUCUACACCGUCGAGCACGGUCUCAGUCCGGACGGACGUCUUGUUGAGGGCUCUCCCUCCGCCCACGACGACGGCUUCAGCACUUUCUUCUCUGAGACCUCGUCGGGCAAGCACGUCCCUCGCUCGCUUUACGUCGAUCUCGAACCCAAUGUCAUCGAUGAGAUUCGGUCCGGGAGUUACAGGAGUCUCUUCCACCCCGAGACUCUCAUUACUGGCAAGGAGGAUGCUGCGAGCAACUACGCCCGCGGUCAUUACACUGUGGGCAAGGAGAUGAUUGACACUGUGAUGGACAAGGUCCGCCGCCUUGCGGACAACUGCAAUGGUCUUCAGGGCUUCUUCGUCUUCCACUCCUUCGGCGGUGGAACCGGCUCUGGUUUUGGUGCCCUCGUUCUCGAGCGCCUCUCGACCGACUACGGCAAGAAGUCCAAGCUGGAGUUCUCUGUGUACCCCGCGCCAACAAUGGCCAACUCCGUUGUUGAACCCUACAACUCCGUUCUCACCACCCACACCACCCUCGAGCACUCUGACUGCUCAUUCAUGGUCGACAACGAGGCCAUCUACGAUAUUUGCAAGAAGCGUCUUGGUAUCACCUCGCCGGGCUUCACCAACCUGAACCGUCUCAUCGCUCAGGUUGUCUCUUCGAUCACGGCCUCGCUCCGUUUCGAUGGCUCCUUGAACGUCGACCUGAACGAGUUCCAGACCAACUUGGUGCCUUUCCCUCGUAUUCACUUCCCUCUCGCCACCUUUGCUCCCAUCGUCUCUGCCGAGAAGGCGCAUCACGAGCAGAAUUCGGUUGCUGACAUGACCUUCUCCUGCUUCGAGACUGGCAACCAGAUGGUCAAGUGCGAUCCUCGUGAGGGCAAGUACAUGGCGUGUGCUCUCCUGUACCGCGGUGAUGUCGUUCCCAAGGACGUUAACGCCGCUGUUGCGAUUAUUAAGACUAAGCGCACCAUUCAAUUCGUCGACUGGUGUCCAACUGGCUUCAAGCUUGGUAUCUGCAACGAGCCACCAGCUCACAUUCCGGGUGGUGACCUUGCCAAGGUCACUCGCAGCCUUUGCAUGCUCUCCAACACCACUGCCAUCUCGUCCGCUUGGAGCAGGCUCGAUCACAAGUUCGAUCUCCUCUACUCUAAGCGUGCCUUCGUCCACUGGUACGUCGGUGAGGGUAUGGAGGAGGGUGAAUUCUCCGAGGCUCGUGAGGAUCUUGCCGCCCUCGAGAAGGACUACGAGGAGGUCGGCAUUGACUCUGCGGAUGCCGAGGAGGCUGGCGAGUACUAGGUGGUUUCUUCUCUGUUUCGUUACUCGGAAUACUUCACACUUUGCAUCGCCGUUCACGGGGUCCUCUACUUCCUGCACCCUCUAAUUCUGUUACGUUGUCUCAUGAAAUUUUACGCAUCCUCGGUAUUCUACAUGUUUCCUUUCUGCGGGCAUAUUCUCUAUAAAUCAUAUC